AUGAGGAAAAAACCGUAUGAAUGUAGUGAGUGUGGAAAAGCAUUUUCUCAUAACUCAUACUUAAUGUUGCAUCAGAGAAUCCACACAAGGAAAAAGCAUUAUGAAUGUAAGGAGUGUGGAAACGGCUUUUCUCAUAAGCCAACCAUCAUUGCAUACCAGAGGGUCCAUACAGGGGAGAAACCUUUUGAAUGCAGUGAGUGUGGAAAUGCCUUUCCUCGUAAGUUACUCAUUUCACAUCAGAGAAUGCACACUGGAGAAAAACCUUAUGAAUGUAGUGAGUGUGGAAAAGGCUUUUCUCAUAAGUCAUACCUUAUUGCACAUCAGAGAAUCCACACCAGGGAAAAGCCUUAUCAAUGUAGUGAGUGUGGAAAAGCUUUCACUCAUAAAUCAAGCCUAACGAUGCAUCAGAAUCAGAUCCUUCAUGCUGGAGAGAGACCAUAUGAAUGCAAUGAACAGGGGAAAGCCUUUGACAAGCAAUUAUCUCUCAUUACACCUAAGAGAAUUUACAUGAAGCGGAAAACAUAUGAAUGUAGUGAGUGUGGAAAAGCCUUUACCAACCAGUCACAUUUCAUUAGACAUCAGAGAAUCCACACAGGGGAAAAACCUUAUGAAUGUAGCCAGUGUGGAAAAGCUUUUUCUCAGAAGUCAUCCCUAAUCAUGCAUCAGAGAAUCCACACAGGGGAAAAACCUUAUGAAUGUAGCCAGUGUGGAAAAGCUUUUUCUCAGAAGUCAAACCUAAUCAUGCAUCAGAGAAUCCACACAGGGGAAAAACCUCAUGAAUGUAGUGAGUGUGGAAAAGCCUUUACCAACUUGUCAGAUCUCAUUGAACAUCAGAGAAUCCACACAAGGAGGAAACCUUAUGAAUGUAAUGAGUGUGGAAAAGCUUUAUCUCACAAGUCAUCCCUAAUCAUGCAUCAGAGAAUUCACACAGGGAAAAAGCCUUAUGAAUGUAGCCAGUGUGGUAAAGUUUUUUCUCACAAGUCAAACCUAAUCAUGCAUCAGAGAAUUCACACAGGGGAAAAACCUUAUGAAUGUAGCCAGUGUGGAAAAGCCUUUACCAACUUGUCAGCUCUUAUUAGACAUUAGAGAAUUCACACAGGGGAAAAACCUUAUGAAUGUAACCAGUGUGGUAAAGCUUUUUCUCAGGAGUCACAUCUAAUCAGACAUCAGAGAUUCCACACAGGGGAGAAACCUUGUAAAUAUAGUGACUGUGGGUCUCAACACAUCAGAAAAUCCAUACAAGGAAAGCUGUUAUGA